AUUAAAUUAUGAAAUCCCCAUCCUAGAAUGAUUAAGCUUAAAUAACCCAAAUUCUAUGAAAAAAAUACUUUAGUCUAAAAUUGGUUCAUAUAAAGUUCCAAAUUCUUAAACAAGGGGAAAAAUAAAAGCCUCAAAAUUUUGAAGAUGGGGAAGAGUCACUUUGUGCUAAUUCAUGGAGCAAGUUAUGGUGCAUGGUGUUGGUAUAAAGUGGCAACUAUGCUUAAAUCAAUUGGUCAUAAUGUUACAACUAUUGACAUGGGUGCUUGUGGUUUGAAUACAAAGCAAGUUCAAGAUAUUUGUUCAAUAUUAGACUACAAUGAACCUUUGAUGACAUUCAUGGAGUCACUUCCUUCACAUGAAAAGGUGAUUCUUGUUGGUCAUAGUUUUGGUGGAAUCUCUAUAUCCAUGGCUAUGGAAAAGUUCCCUAACAAAAUCUCUAUUGCUAUUUUUGCUGCUGCUUUUGUUAUAAGUGAAAAUCUCACUUACCCAACUAUUACUCAAGAGCUUAUUAGAAAAAGAGAUGAAAACAAGGAUUCAAUGGACAUUCAACAUUUCUUCUUUAAUGGGCCCAACAACCCUCCAACAGCCUUAUUAUUUGGGCCCAAAUUUAUGGAAUCCAAAAUGUAUCAAUUAUCACCAUUUGAGGAUUUGACGUUGGCGUUAUCAUUGGUAAGACCAUUUCCUCUCUUCAAAGAUGAUGAAACAUUUAAUAAAGAAACAACAAUGAGUAUGGAAAAUAAUGGAAGUGUACCAAAAGUAUACAUAAUUAGCAAUGGAGACAAUUUGUUGACAAGUGAUUCACAAAUGUGGAUGGUUGAGAGAAGUGGUCCAUUUGUUGAGGUUAAAGUGAUAAUGGAUUCUGAUCAUAUGGUCAUGUUCUCUAAACCAAAUCAACUUACCUCUCUUUUGCUAGAGAUUGCAAAUAAAUAUUAAUAUUUGUAUGAUUGUUAAAUGAUUAUAAUUCAUUUUGAAUUUACAUUUAAUUAAAUUUGAUAAUUUCGGGUUUGGUUUUGCUUUU